AUGGAGUGGAGAAAAGCGAUGAUUAUAAAAUUCAUUAAAUUAUUUGAAAAGGAAGAGGCCAUUUGGAACCCAAAACACGAAAACCACAACUACAGGCAAAAGAUAAAUGAUGCUUGGAACCGUAUGUCCGUCAGUAUGGGGUUGCCAGUGAACAUAUUAAAGACAAAAAAGAAUUCUUUGAUGGCCUGCUUCCGCACACAUCUCCGAAGGAAGAAAAAAUCAAUGAAAUCAGGUAAAGGAGCUGAGGGAGAAGAUGUAUAUGAACCUAUAUGGUUUGCAUACAAAAUGAUGGAAAAUUUCUUGGGUCCAGUAUACAACUGCGGUGAUACAAUAAACACCGAGGACAACGCAUCAUCACCUUCAAAUGAAGCACUGGACUUUAAGCAAGAAAAUAUUGCAAAUGAAAGGGAUACAUCGACUGAGACCACUGAGAUGCAAAAUAUUGAUCAUCACAGCAGACCAAGCCAGACACACACCAGUAGAGAUAUAGCUAUUGAUUUCCCCACAUCUACAAGCCAGCUUCAAAAACAUCACCUGCAACUAGCAUCAGAAAUUAGCGAUGCACAAGAUAAAAUCAAACAAACUGUCGAAACGCUUAACAACGUCAUAUCUCAAAAGAAACGAGACGCCGAAGACGACGAUUGUGAACUGUACGGAAAGUUACUGGCAAACAAAUUAAGAUAUUAUUCUAAGUACGAAAGGCAUGUUUUGAUGCAUGAAAUCGAUGGGCUUCUUCUAAAAAAACCUCCAUGUAGUAUUACAAAUAUUCCUUGUAGCUCCAAUUCUACUUUCUCGCCAGCACAUGACUCUUCGGAUCCCCUAUCAUAAUCACCAGUUCAGUAUCAUAAGAUCCAGUUUAGACUACACUUUGGAAAUCUAAACGAAACUACACUUUGGAACGAGCCCCUGGCUUCACUGACAGACGGUCG